GAGGCAGAGAUAUCAGGAAGCAAACCAAGUUGCCCAUCAGGCUUCACAAUAUUCCUCAGAAACAGAUAAUGAAGUUUCAGAUACUAGGUGACAUCAAAGGCAAACAACAAGAUGGGAAACAAGAGACCAAAGAUCAACU